AUGUCUACCUCCGACUACCAAGAACUGCCCGGUACGCAGGCCCCGCACGAUUCAAGCGUGGUGGUAGACAAGUCCGUGUCGCUCACCCUGGGCAGUGACUCGCUAGUGAUUAUUGCUCCCAGCUCCCUUCUGGCGGUCUACAACCCAUUGGAUGUCACUGUCCGUUGCACUGGAUCUAAUCGUGUGUCGCGUGCAGAGUCAAAGUCCAAUACCACCCAUGCGAUCUCGCUCUACAACGUCCUCGACGCUGAAGUGACCCCCUCCGAACUCGUAAUCACCUAUGCCGUGCCCUCGUCGAAGAACGACGUUGUCGUUACUGCCCUCCGGUACCCCGUUCCCGUGAAAGAGAGGCCCGCCGUUGAAGCGUGGGCCCAGACGCUAUUGAAUGUCGCAUAUGGCAAUGCCCAGCAGAGAAAGCGGCUGAAGGUCUUGGUGAAUCCGUUUGGUGGAAAGGGAACCGCUGCCAGCUUGUAUCAGAAAUACGCGGCGCCCAUCUUCGCCGCCGCCCGAUGUCAUGUGGACGUCCAGAACACCGAGCACAGAGGACACGCCAUCGAAAUCGCGAAGAAUCUAGACAUUAAUCUCUAUGAUGCAAUCGUCACCUGUUCUGGCGAUGGUUUGCCGUAUGAAGUGUUCAAUGGCUUAGGAGAACGGCCUAAUGCUCGCGAGGCUUUAGCCAAGAUCGCUUUGGCGCCGCUGCCCUGUGGCUCGGGCAAUGGCAUUACCUGGAACUGCCUAGGCACAGGAAGUGUAUCCGUUGCCGCAUUGGCUAUUGUCAAAGGACUGCGAACCCCGUUGGACCUGAUCUCUGUUACGCAGAAGGGUACUCGUACUCUGUCAUUCCUCUCGCAAUCCUUUGGAAUUGUCGCCGAUUGUGAUCUCGGCACAGAUAACAUCCGCUGGAUGGGCGCUGCGCGCUUUACAUAUGGUUUCUUGGUCCGCCUGUUGUCCAGCACGAUCUACCCUUGCAGCCUAUCAAUUAAGACAGAAAUUGGUGAUAAAAAGGCUAUCAAGGAACACUACGCCAAAUUUGCAUCUCGAGAAUUCGACCCUGCUCUUGAUGCGCCCCGUAUUGCGGCAGCACAACAGUCGCCUGCGCUUCCAGACUUGAAGUAUGGCACGGUAUCUGAUGAUCUUCCGACCGACUGGGAAAUUGUCCCUGGUGAAAAUAUUGGAAACUUCUAUGCAGGCAACAUGGCUAUUAUGACCAAGGAUACGAACUUCUUCCCCGCAUCGCUUCCGAACGAUGGGCUCAUGGAUAUCGUCACUAUUGACGGGAACAUUGGUCGUGCGACCUCACUCAAGAUGAUGAACGAAGUCUCCACAGGAGGCUUCUUUGGCUUGCCAGAUGUCUACAUCCGCAAGGCCACUGCGUUCCGCCUCGUUCCUCACGAAAAGGAAGGCUAUAUCAGUAUUGAUGGCGAGUCGGUGCCUUUUGAAGCCUUCCAAUGUGAAAUCCACCAAGGCCUGGGCACAGUCCUGACCAAGUCUGGAGUCAUAUAUGAGGCUGAAGGUCCAAAGUGA